AUGCUAAUGUGCUACUUGCGUAUUUGCCCUUUCAUGAAGCCCAUCGGAAAAGAAUGUAUUAUUGAGAGAAAUAAGGAGGAUUGUUGCCCAAAAAUUUGGUGCCCGGAAGUGGUGGAGGAAAAGAAUUGUGGGGAUUCUUAUCAGGCACUCGAAGAAAGCCAAGGAGGUAGUGGCUGCUACUUGAAUGGUAGAUACUUUUCGGAGGGCUCCCGUCUACCUGUAGAUCCUUUGAACCCGUGCGAAAUCUGCUAUUGUAUCCGUAAUAGCAGUACUUGCGUUGUUCAGCAAUGUGAGCUUCACGUAGAAGGAUGUUCGCCUAUAUAUACAGAAGGACAGUGCUGCCCCUGUAGAUACAAUUGCAGUGAGUUCUCUACAUCAGUGACUCUGCCUUUGAUUGAAGGGCUAGGGGCAGAAAUAUGA